UGCAAAUCCGAGUUGUUGUUUCUCGUCUAUAUAAAGAGAACCAGUACCAGAUUCUCUCAGUUGGGGUGCUGAAAAGUUCUAGGACCUUUCAUCAAGAUGGCUCAACUGCUCUCGUCAUUCUUCUUCCUCCUACUGGGAGUUGCCCUGGGGCAAGAAGCUUGCGUCCAGGAAACGAACUGCGUGCGAGCUGACGGGUGCGUCUGCGCCUCGACCGAGGCGCCCAUCGCGCCCUUGCCCACCGAAUUCGCGCCCCAGUUCGUCGUCGUCUCCUUCAACGACGCCGUCACCGUCAGCAACUAUGACUUCUACCAUGACAUCGUCACGACCUACAGGAACCCCAACGGGUGUCGCAUGACCAUGACGAUGUUCGUCAACCACCUCAACAACGACUACACUCUGGCCAACGAACUCUGGCGCCUCGGUAGCGAGAUCGGGGUCCGCUCUGUCACAGCCUCCCAAGUGGAGUACUGGAGAUCGGCCAACUACAGCGUCUGGCACAACGAAAUCGGAGACACCAAGAAGAUGAUCUCCAAAUACGGAAGAAUUCCAGAGGCCGAGAUCAUCGGGACUCGGGCCCCCCACAUGCAAAUCGGAGGGGACGAGAUGUACCAGGCGCUGACGGAGGCCGGUUUCGAAUAUGAUUCCUCCUGGACAGCCCUCGCUUACACGAACUGGUAUGGCAACCCACCAAAAGGCGCUCUCUAUCCGUACACCCUGGAUUUCAAAUCUCCUCAGAUCCCAGAAGACUGCCCCGUUGGAAGAUGCCCAGAGAACCUCUACAAAGGCCUCUUCGUAACACCAGUUCUCGAUCUCGAGUCCUUCUCAGGAUACCCUUGCAACAUGAUCGACGCCUGCCAAAGCCAAUACAACGAGACUGACUGCCCAGAGCAGGCUUGCGAAGACAACGUGUUCGAAUUCCUGAAGACAAACUUCGAACACAACUACAACGGAAACAGGGCGCCCUUCGGACUCCACACGGCCCCGUCUUGGUUCGAGAAGGACAAGAUCAACAACUCCACCGCCCACACCAGAGGAUACAAGAGGUUCCUGGAAUACGCAGCCUCGCUGGAAGAGGUCUGGAUCGUGUCGCACAACAGGGUACUGGAAUACAUGAAGAACCCGGUGCCCUACAUGGACGUCGGGUCGCUGGACGCCUUCAAAUGCCCCUCGAUCGACCCCGACUCAAACUGCCCCGACCCUCUCAGGUGCGACUACAAAGACACUCAGGGCUUCGACUCCAUCUCCAUGACGAUCUGCACCAGGCCGUGUCCGGAACACUACCCUUGGCUUGGCAAUGUUGACGGGAAGUAGGCACUUUCUGUCUUCUUCUUCUUCUUCUUCUGUCGAUGAUGUUGACGACACCUGGGCUUUCGUGGAACUGAGAGAUAUGAGCACAGACAUCUUUUCUAAUGCCAGCUGCAAACUUCUACCUGUGGCAAAUUCCAACUGAAAUCAGAUUGAGUUACAUACAGUGAUCUAUACUAAUUCCUGCCUCAAUCAAUUCCACCUGUGGCAAAUUCCAGCUGAUAUAUUCCACUUACACCACAUUCCAACUAAAUCCAUACUGAGAGAUUGACAUAUUCCUGCCUCAGUUUUCCACCAGUGGCAAAUUCCAGCUGAUAUAUUCCUGUUACAUCACAUUCCAACUAGAUUCAGUUUGGGAUAUUUACAAACUCCUGCCUCAGUCUUCAACCAGUGGCAAAUUCCAGCUGAUAUAUUCCUGUCAUAACAUAUUCCAACUAGAAUCAGUUUGAGGUAUUUACAUAUUUCUACCUCAAGUCUUCCACCAGUGGCAAAUUCCAGCUGAUACAUUCCUGUUACAUCACAUUCCAACUAGUUUCAGUUUGAGAUAUUUACAAAUUCCUGCCUUAGUCUUCAACCAGUGGCAAAAUCCAGCUGAUAUAUUCCUUUUAUAUCAUAUACCAACUAAAACCAUACUGAGAGACUUACAAAUUCCUAAUUCCUGCCUUAGUCCCAACCGGUGGCAAAUUCCAGCUGAAUGGAUUCCAGCUACAUCACAUUUCAACUGGAGCCAGAUUCCAGCUACCAUAAAAGUAUCUUGUUCAAACCAUCUGAAGACUGUUUUCAUCAUAAAUGUCAACAGCUCGUAGUUAAAAGCAAAUAGCAGAGCUUGGUAAUGGCCACAAGGAGCAGACAUGAUCUUGAAAUGUACUUUGUAUCAACGUAUCAAACCAAGAAUUACUAUAGACUUCGAGAACAGAUCAUGUCAACUUUUAACUUCGAAUAAACAUUUCCAGCUGAUAA